AACACCAGUAUCGUUAGAACCAUAGAAAACAUCGGAUUUUUCUGGUUGAGAUCAUUAGUCCUUUAGAUAGGAAGGUAUUUCGGUCGAGGGUUUUUCGUCUGCUUAGGUUAGAAAAAAAAAAGAGAAAAUCUAGGUUGUAGUGGAAUAAUAUUUGCUCGUUUGCAGGUGUUCAUAGGGAGAGAGGCAAAAGGACUAGAUACUACUAUGGAUGUUGCUGAGGACAAGACAUACGGAGAUGAGCGCAUCGCCCUUAGCGGUGUAGAUGAUGAGAUAGAAGAGGUUGAGGAAGAAAUUGAACAACAACAAGAAGAAGAAGAAGAGCAAUUUUCAGAACGUCGGAAUCAUAAUGUGGAAAGUGCUGGCGAUGAGAUAAAGCAGUCCAUCGGUCGUGAUUCUUCCCCAGGAAAAAUCUUCGUUGGUGGCGUUGCCUGGGAGACGACUGAAGAAACCUUCACCGAUUAUUUUAAAAAGUAUGGCGAAAUUACUGAUUCUGUAAUAAUGAAGGAUAAAUAUACCAAAAGGCCUAGGGGUUUUGGAUUUAUAACAUUUGCUGACCCAGCAGUUGUGGACAAGGUUUUGGAGGAGGAACAUGUUAUCAAUGAAAGACAAGUGGAAGUAAAGAGGACAGUACCAAGGGAAGAUAUGCAUUUUAAUGGAGGGUCAAAAACAAAAAAAAUUUUUGUUGGCGGAAUACCCUCUUCUUUCAGUGAAGAUGAAUUGAAGGAGUAUUUCUCAUCCUAUGGUGAGAUUGUUGAGCAUCAGAUAAUGUUGGACCACAACAGUGGCCGAUCACGUGGAUUUGGAUUUGUUACUUUCAAGAGUGAAGACACAGUUGAUGAUAUCAUCUCCGAGGGGAAAACACAUGAACUUGGAGGCAAACAGGUGGAAGUCAAGAAGGCUGAACCGAAAAGAAGUGCUGGUGAUCGAGGAGAUCGAGGAUUUGGUGAUCGAGGAUUUGGUGCAAGAGCUCAUUAUGGAAGCAGUGCUGCAGCAGAUUACGGGGGUUAUGGCAGUGGUGUGGUAGGGGGGUAUGGUGGUGGUUAUCGUUCUCGAGGUGGGUAUGGUGGGUACGGCGAAGGCUAUGGUGCAAGUCUUUAUGGUGGAUAUGGUUAUGGUUAUGGCAAUUAUGGGUUUGGUGGACCCAUGUAUGGUGGAUCUGGAGAAGGAGUUUAUGGUAGUCCAGGUGGCUAUGGUGGUGCUGAUGGUUAUGGCAGCAGAGUUUACGGAAGUAGUGUUGUGGCCAAUGGCAGGUAUCAUCCAUAUGGAAGAUGAGGGAUUUCUAUGGGUAAACAUACAUGGUAAUCCAGUUACUGGGUCUCAUGCCCAAUUGUGUUAUCAAGCUGAAAUUAUAUACCUACUUCUGUUUGCUCUUAAAGCCAUACAAUGGAAAUUAUCUUCCUUUUCCUUUGCUGUUACUUCUGUAUGCGUAAAUCCUAAUUUUGCUGAGGCAAUAGAUAAAUGACUAAUAUUAGCUUAUACAAUAGCUUUUUUUUUUU